AUGGAAUUGAACAAUGAAGAACACGGGAUUUAUUUGAGGUAAGAGACUGCUUCAUGAAUCCAUCUUUUGUCCUGAUCGGUAUCACGGACUGUUUGACUAAUACUGGAAAGUUUAGGGGGAAAACCUGACUGUUAUUGUUGUAAAAAAAUAUUACACUAUAUUAGUUGACCUCUCACCAACCAAUGGCAAACAUCUUCCUAAAGAAACUAAUUUGAAGAUUGGAUCUGGUGCUAAUAUACUCUAAUAUACAUUUAUGGUUAGCAUAAACAAAAUAAGAACAUGUACUCUAAAAUUUCAUAAUAAAGACUAGGGCGCGAAAUACCACGAAAAUUUAAUUAAUGCUUAGCUUUCAUUUUGCCCUGCAACCCUUUCUUAGAACAUCUAUUUACAAAAUGCAUGAAAAUUGUUCAUUCUUUGCUAUAAUUGCCUAGGAAAUUUUGUAUUUUUUGGUGUUCAUAUUUAUUUUUCCUGUGUAUCCUAUAGUUGCCCAAAUGUGAAAAAAACAGGAUGCAAAAUUCUGUGGUGUUUUUUACUCUACCUCUGUUGUUAACUGGUCUCAUAGCAGGUAGGUAACUGGUAAAACCUUUAAGGUGACUAUAUCAGAUUAACUUAUCUUGCAGUUCGAAUUUUGCAUUUGCAAUCCAAUAAUUCACGUCUUUUUAAUCAUACAGUGCUAUUUCCGCGCCUCCGACUCGGCAAUCUUUUUUCAUGCCAUUUUACGCCCAAGCAAAAAUCCUGUUUCUGUCAAACAAGCCCCAUGUUUUACAUGUCAAGUAGAAUUUGUGUGAACAAGUUGUAAGGUCACUUUUGACUUGGCUAAAAUUAAUCACCCACCGUUUCCACGGUAGGGGGGCAGUCUUCUUUAAACAAAAAAAAACCAAAAAAAACCAACAGAAACAACAUUAGCAACAACAUUUAAUAGUCUGAAACAAGCAAGGCAAUAUCCCCGCAGGAACAUGUUUUUGAUUCUCUAUUCAAACAAAAUGGACCCGCCCACAGUUAUUUGUUUCAAAUGAUAUACACCAGAGUUUUAGUUUGCAUAACUGAAUAACUAAGUGCAGAGCGGUUCGCUAACAAUGAACAGAGGAGAGAAAAUACUAUGGGUCUAUUAAAAGUCAUUACUUUUCACAAUUGUUCUAUGCUUAGCGUAGGUAUAUCGACGUAUGGAUGCACGCAGGAAGUUUUAAGAGCACGAGAGAAGCGAAAAGGUUGCUCGAGGAGAAGCCGGGAGCAACUCUAGCUUAUUGUUAAUGAUGUUAGUCGUGUAGAGCUGGUACUUCAAGCUAUAAAAUAAUGUUAAGAUGACACUGAAAUAAAACAUAUACGGUUAUAUUGUCAUUCAGUCUACAAUGGAAAUAUCAUUCUUAAUUACUCAUCGGAAUUCAAUGCGAAAAAAUAGCAAAAAAGUUGUGCAAAUUUGGUCAUGAUUCUUUAUCAGUCUAUUCAUUUCUGAUCGAAACAUCGAACAAAGGUUGAACGAAUACAAAGGAAAAGAAUAUAACAGAAAUGGCGCAAUGAGAAUUGACUAAAAGUCUAAAGUAUGCUACAACUUUGAAUUCUCCAAGUUAUCACUCAAGAUGCAACACGAUGCAUAGUAGGCUUAUUAAAUUUAUUUACUCAUCUGACUUAUCAAAAUUCUUUGAUUACCGGAUACCCAGACUACCUUCCGACAUUAUUGUAUGCACAUUUGUCCUCUUUCCUGGAACUUUUCUCGAGACAGCCCUAUGAGGAAAGUGCGUCUUUUAAAUUCCUCAAUAUAAAUUAUUGGGUAUAUCUCUUUACUCCCUUACUUUCAGGAUCCAAAACUAAAUAUGAAGUUUAUAUAUUCACUGGUAACAAGUUUGGAGCAGGAACAGAUGCACGAGUAUUUAUCACUCUGUUUGGUGAAAAGGGCCAUUCGAAAGAGAUAGAGCUUGAAAGCAAAGGACGGAACGACUUCGAAAAAGGACAGUAAGUUGUACUAAUGAUAAACUCGUCUUGUAAGGAUGAAGAGGGCAGGUCUCUAUAGUAACUGUAGUGGUGCAGCGGUGGUGGGUUUUGCAAGAUACAAUUUGGUAUAAUCAACUGAGUUGAUGAUGUCAAUUGGCCACUGUAAAGAGCUUCUAAAGCUAACUAUUCGAGUGUUAGCCCGUUGUUAAAGCGAAUAUUUAAGGCCCAUCUUCAGAAACUGAAGUCUCAGGGCAAGCAACUUUGGGUUUAAUAUUUAGUGGACCUUUAAAAUUAAGUAGAAAAAUAGGUGAAUCUACAAGUACUUUAAUUUUGACAUUACAAAUUUAGCUUCAAGUGCGUCAAGAAAUGAGGAUCUAUAAACUUCUCAGAUAUCUCUAUGUCAGUAGUAUUGGUGGCUAUUUUCAGGAAGGAUAAAUUUGUUAUUGAAACCAAGUACCUGGGGAAACUAAAUGCUAUCAACAUAAGACACGACAACAGCUGGUUUGGAUCUGGAUGGUAUUUAGACAAGGUAAAAUUACUUACAGGCAUGUGUACCAUCUAAGGAGACAAAUUUAGAGCACCUUUGUUGAGAGCUGUAAAAUUAAAAAACCAAAGUGGUCAAGAGGACCGAUCAAAACAAAGCAAAAUAAAGCAAUGAUUCAUUGAGAAGUAAGGUAAAAAAAAAACCAACUGCUUUCAGCGCGGAAAAACUGAUGCGAACGAGUGACCGUCGCAAUUGGUUGGUUGAGGGAAGGGUGUUGAAUUUGUACACAAUAACAGGGCAAAAGGAAUAAAGAGCACUGGAGUUUGAGAUUACUUUUUGAAAAGCAAAAUGUUUCUAAAGUUAAAUUUUAUUGCAUCAUUUUCAAAGAAAGAAGAGAGAGAGACCAAUUGUAUUGGUUCUUAGCACCACUUCAUUCGGUAAAUAUCCUUCAAUGUCUGCGUUUCCGGCCGGGAUCUCCUUCUUUUAAAGCUGAAGCGUAAUCGAUCAAAAAGGAAUUGGGGUUCCGACAGUCCACAAUAUGAUAAUACAACGACAUAACGAUGUUAAGGCCAUUGCAAAUUGAUGAAAAUCUAUCGAUCAAGAUAGGAUGCAAGUUAUGCUAACAGUUGAUUUUUGCUGCCCCUUACGUAAGAUUCCAUUCUUAAUCUUUACAUUUUUCAUAUUUCUCAUUUUUCUUUGCGCCUACGUGCUUCUUCUUCAGCGUCCAUCUUACCUCCGGAAAUCGAAAUGGCUUCUGUCGUAUUUCAAAGUCGUAUUAUAACUGAUGGAAUUAUUGCACACACUCCAAUUGAAUCAGUUUUUCUUAUAAUAAUUAGAAAUACCGUGCAAAUUUAAGUUACUAAAUAUUUCUGUUUGGUUUUCUUGACAAUCGCUGCAACUACGGCUCAAUUUAUCCUUGCGGGGAACUAAACUUUUUCUCGUUCAACGCUUUCAGUAAAUUUUUAACGUCUUUUAUCCUUCCAUUCUUUACCAGGUGAAGAUUAAAGGAAAGGAUGGUUGUGUAUAUGAAUUUGUAAGUCACAAGUGGUUAGCGUCUAACGUUGGAGAUGGAAAGACAUCUCGAGAGCUGAAUGGCAAAAGCCGCUGCCCUACUUUAGAUACUCCUACAAAAGGUACAUGUCACAAAAUAUCGAUUGGAUGUCUACUGUCGGAAGAAUGUAUUGUCGCAUUUUUGAUAGCCCUCUCUAGCCAUAGGGUGGAAAACAUGCAGUGAUAGAAGAGGGAAGGGUAAAUUUCAAAAUAAUCGCAAAGAAUACCAAAUGAUAAACUAUAAUGGCUCAUUUUCAAAGUUUUAAAUCCAUGGCUAACUCCUCACGAUGUUGUUAAAUGCAAAUUUAGAUAAGCUGUCUCGUUUUCUUUAGCGGGAUCAUCAAUGUAUGGGUUAACUUUGUAACAUUCUGUUGUUAAUUGGUUCCAGACUGUCAAGAAGCUCUUGGUAUAACCCGAGGACUGAUAAAGGAUUCCCAGUUUACAGCUUCUUCAUCUUACGAUGAACACCAUCAACCUUACCAUGCCCGUCUGAAUAAAACCGUCAAAGGCUCCCGUGGUGGGUGGUGUUCGGCUUUUGCGGAUGAGACAGAAUUUCUUGAAAUUGACUUGGGAAAUAAGACGGGCAUCUCAGGUAAGCUAAUGUCGUCUCUUUUCCACUGUCGAGCUAUAAUGUUGUUGUUGUUGUUAUUGCUUAGGGUUGUAAGGACAAGUCUUCCUGUUGUUUGUUGAGGACGUUGUGAUCCUCAACUCACAAGGGAGACCUUCAAAUACUGAUCACUUAUUUAAACAACGACCAAAAAUUUGUAUUAUCGCUAUGUACGAGCUCCGCUAAUAUUUGUGUUAAUACGUUUUAAAUAGAAAUGAUAGGGUUUCAACAAAUUAUUAGAAACUAGCUGUGUCAUCCUUUAAUUAUCUAUCGAAAGACUGCAUAUCUUUCUUCGUUUAGGUUUAGAUUGAGCGUCCUUUUUAACAGAUUUCAUUCCACAUUGGUAAUUUCUACCAUUCUGCUUGUACACUCAUCCUUCCCUUAACCUUUCAUAUUCUCCAACGACAUUUUUAGUAUUUGUUAAGCCUUAAAUUCUAUGGAAUUGAUCUCUUCCCCGUUCAUGUGUUACCUAACUCAGCCUGUUCUCAGGGAAGUGGUCUCUGCAAGAAAAUCACUUUUACCUCCCUCUCAAAACAAUCUUUAUUCAAACAGGUAUUUCAACGCAAGGUCAGUCCAUGUUUGACAACUGGGUAACUAGGUAUGCCAUGUCAUACAGUACUAACGGCAAGCAUUGGCUAAUGGUGACGGAGGGACGCAAAAGAGACAGCAGUCCCAGAGUGAGUGUAAAUAUAACACAUUUCAGUUUGAAGACGUCAUAUAUUGAUGAACAAAAACUAAAGAUGAGGAAACCUAAGCUUUAAAAUUGUACCUAUACUCUCUAUGAAAGUUUUCGCUUCCCACUCUUCAUUUAGCCGCUCAUGGAUAAUGGCUCAGUAACCUUGCCUAUGCAGGUCAAACAGUGAGGGUGACAAUGGUAAAUCUUUUGUUUAUAGAGACUUUAGUUACAUCAUAGUCUAGUACAAUCCUUAGUUCAAAUCAAUCUAAUUGGGGACAGGAGCUUCGAUAACAGCCAGCUACUAAUGGUCUACUGCACCUGCAACACUACUUACCGUCGCCUGUUUAGUCCGAGAGCAGGUGCUUGUGUUUCCCUUACAGCACAGCUACCUCUAACAUCAUGGGCAAUUGCUUAUGGAAAUAAUAAUUGACACCUCCGGUUAAAAAUAUGAAUUAUGUAUUAUGCAAAACGUACGCCAGGAAAAUUGUUUGCGAUAACCAAACCUACAUACUUCUCUUCUUAGAAAUAACUGUUUUUUUGUAACACUUUUUACAGAACUUUACAGGUAACAAGGACCGUGACUCAGUAGUAACUCACUGGUUUCCAAGGUUCAUAGCUCGGUAUGUUCGUGUUCUUCCUCUGACUUGGAGUGGUCUAACCAACUGCAUGAGGAUUGAACUCUUUGGCUGCAGAAAUGGUAAAUAUGCUUCUUAUCUAACGAUGGGACAAUGCAUCUCACUCAUCACCCUCUUUUGAUCAUGUGGUUAAUUUUGCGCAUCCAAAACGGGCUCGUCGUUACUGACUAAGAGUGAGGUCAGCAUUUUUUAUGGACCGAUAGAAAGUCGAGGUUCUCAUGGGACCAAUACUGGGGGGGUGAGGAUUUUGGGAAGAUCGUAUAGUUUUCAGGGGGGGAACGGAGGGGAGAGAUCAGUCGUCGCCAAUAGAGUAUUAAGAGGGGGACGGUAGAAAACUGACUGCCAAUGAGGAGGGAACAUACGAAUAUUACAGAGCCUUAUGGGGCAAUCAGGUUAAUUUUAUCGUGACGCAACCAAAAUCCUCAAGAGUUUGUAAUCUCUUGAAGAAAAAGACAUUGAUUUUCCUCUUUUUGAUUUCUCAAGUGACCGACGACAUUUUAUCGGAUGAGGAGAAGAAGGAGAAAAACGCAAAGGGAAAUAAAGAGAGCAAAUCACAAGGCAAAAAUGACGAUAGUGAUAGCAUGAAGAUGAAAGGUAAUGACUUUUUUAGAUAGUUUUUCAGAUUGUAUUUAUGUGCUUGUCGGCUAGUUGUUUAGCCUUCACUAUAAAGCCAUUUAGAAGGCUCAUAGAGACACAAAUACUGUCAAAUUAAAUAUAAACGUGUUUCCGUAAUAUGUAACUAUCUAAGUAGCACACGAUGUAAGGAGACAAUUCUAACUGCACAAAACGCCAGAAUGUUUUAAUUAUGUGAAAUCUCUCGGUUAGACAAAAGAAAACUUGAAAACAGCAACGACCGCAAAAAAUUUUCUUUUAAAUUAUCCAAAAACUGCAGUUCUGUCGCUAAUAUGUUGGUAGCUUUCCCCUGAUUCUGGUGAUAACUGCUUGCUUUUCAGGAAAACUGAGUGAGGAGGAUCUUAGCAUUAUGUCCAGUAAGUACUAAAUACUAACACUGGCGCAUCUGCAUUGGAAAAUUACUGCUCGGUUAUUUCAAAAUUUUUGUUUGUCGACCGGAUUAAACAAAUUCGGGAAGAGAAAAGAAAAAUCAUAAGGCAGCGUCGCAAACGUCCACGAUAAUGAGUCUAAUGAAUGUCAUGUUAGAAAGAAAUUCAUUUAGCAAAGAGGUAGAUUGCCGGCUCAUGUGUUGUCAGUUGAAUCAAACAGAUCAGAGCAAAAAAUGGCCUUUACUUAAUACAGUGAAUGAAGGAAUUUUCUCUUAGAGGUGUACCGAAUGCUGUAUCCAUCCAGGGGUUACGCCAGCCAAUAGCCAGCCAAUAGCCUGAGCCGACAAUAUUUUUUUCACUCAUUUGAAGUAGAGACCAUGACUCUAACAAACCUUGAAACAAAAUCUUAACUUUCUUCACUACAUACUUUCAUGUUCUUAAAUAUCAAAGACGAAGCAGGAAUAAGUUUCGUAACGUUAAAAGACUAGGUUAGCUCGGUCCCAGAUCUCUGAAAAUGCCUACAACAAGUAAAAAAGCAUCUUACGCCCUUGCUAUCGGCCAAUUUGCUGAAUCUAAUCGGUCCCAUCCGGAACUAUCAUAUGACUCGAUAAUUCAUGUAACGAGAGCUUUAUGGAGAGCUUUUGUUGUUUUUUACCACAACAUCUUAUGGAGUGGAUUUUCCCAGUGAUAUUGGUUUUGAAAUAUCUUUUUUUUUUCAGCAAUUGAAAAAGCAGUUGUCUACCUCCGUUUUGAAUACAUCUUAAAAGCCAACAUCAUAGUGGACGAAUCUCAGUUUCAUAAUGACGCCAAAAUUGUGAACUUCGCAAGAACAGCUCAGUUCAGUGAAAGAUGUGGUAAUGGCGUUGAUCUCAACGGAGGAGACAUAUUACUAAAUGGACCUUCUUUUCGGCAAAAACCACGUGUAGCCGUAACGAUUGCAGCGUGGAUAAAGUUAUUCUCAGUCGAGGGAACAAACUCUUUGUUUGACACAAUAGGUGGAGUUAACUCGACACACGAUAAUGGUCAGUACCAUCUGGAAAUCGACAACGGCUCAGUCAGAUGGUUUCACAGGAAUGAACGUAAUCAGAUAAUUUUCAACGUUACGUCAGAAGUAAUCGUUCCUUCUCACGUCUGGACGCAUGUUGCGUGCACGUACGAUGCUAAAUUAGGCCAAGCAGAUAUCUACGUUAACGCCAAGUUUAUUCUGAGAGGGGAUGGCUCGGGAGAAUUGUCACAAGAUUGGCAAGAGAAAGCUGGGAUCGGUGAACACAAAGGAGAGAGACUCUUCGACGGGCAAGUUGAUGAAUUUUAUAUGUCAAAUGAAGCUUUGAGUCAGGAAGAAAUUAAAAAAUUGAUGCAGAGAUGUGAAUUUGAAAAAGGUAUGUACGACUACUUAUUCGAGGAGAAAAUAAACGUUUAUUAAAGCUCGUCCAAGCCUGGUGUUGAAUGCAAGUCCUCUUCUCGGAAGAAACAAAACAAGCAUCACCACAUCUAUCCUCUAUCUUUCAUAGGUCUCGUUUGUACUCCCUAAGUAACAGUAAAGUCACUCGAAGAAACCCUGAAAAAAUACAAAUUAAAAAAGUAUGAUAAAAAUAAUGUUUUUCAUCAUUGUUAAAGAGUACAGCCUCUUUAAGACUCUUUCAGAAGAGAACCUCUUUAGCAACCUAUUUCAUACCGUCUUUGCAGAAUGCUUUUCACCGCUAGGAAUGGAAGACAUGAAAAUAAGAGACGGUCAAAUUACUGCUUCCUCGACAUAUCAUCUCCAUAAGCCGUAUUACGGCCGCUUGAAUCUUGUUUCAUUUUACGACGAUCCUCAGAGGACAGCCUGGUGUGCAGAUGAGGAUGACAAAGAACCCUAUCUGACAGUGGAUCUCAGAGAAGAGAAAACGUUAUCGGGCGUGGCUUUACAGGGUGCCUCUCUCGCUGACAAUUACGUUACUAGCUUCAAACUCUGUUAUAGUCAGAAUGGAAGGACAUUUCAGUGCGUAACUGAGGAUUUAACGGGCGAAGUAUGACCAUGUUUUUAUUUUGAAAUUGCAAAUUCGGAAAUUUCAUUGGAAAUCUUAGGGGGAGUGAUUGAAACUUGGUUGGAAGAGAGGGCAACUAAGAAAACAGAAAUAACGUAUGAAAAAUAAAUUCUUCCCACAGUGGUAACCGAAAUGCUCGACAAGGAAAUAGUAGGGUAGAUUUAUUUGCGCAAAAACUCAAAACUUUGCCGGUAAGAUAAGUAGAGAAUAAUACAUGAGUGCGCGUAGAUAUGGAAUUUCUCUUCAAGUGUUCAACUCGAUGGCUCACGAGUGAGUGCAGCGAACGAAUGAGAUGUCAAGUUGAACACGAGAAGAAUAAUUCCAUAUCUACAAGCAACCAUAUAUUAUUUUGUUUAUCAUAUAAACACAACAGCCCUUUGCUGACAAUGAAUUGUCAACUUUAUUAAUGAAUGAAAAUCAAAGGAUCUACAAUCCCCGAAUAAAAAUCGUAAAUUUCGUAAAACGGCUCAACAUACAAAAGUGCGUUGGAACACUUCAAAAACAAACCAUAGGCCUAAUUUUCUAUAAACAAAAUGUUCAGUUAUUGACUUGGUCCUUACCGACAAAAGAAAUCUUUCAGAUACACAGCCAAAUCUUCCAGUUUUCGUUUUCGAUCUCAGCCGCGAGAAUGCCAUUACAAAAGCCACUGAAUACGUAACUUUCGGUUUUUCUUUCCGUAUUUUUGGUUUUCUUCCCUUUCUAGGAAAGUUUGAAUGUCACUGUCUGUAAAGGAUAGGGAAAGGGGCCUGAGGGCUGUUACGAUGACCAAGAGGAUAACCAGAGUAUCUAAGUCUAGGUCAUGGUUGACUUGAGUUUCAAUAAUAUUAAAUUACUUUAAGACUUUCACAUUUAUAUUUCUCUCAUUUCCAAACUUAUCCAAUAGAGCUAUCUGCUGUAUCUGCUAAUCGCUCUUUUUCUAGAGUGACAUGACUUUUCUUCAAACCAGAAGCGUAUGCAUGUUGAUAUGGUAUAUAUAACUAUAGAGAAAAUCCAUAAAGUACUACUUACGCUUAUUUAGCGCGUCAAUUUGAAUAACUAAGUUAUCAUUGUGUUUCAUCGAUCCAGUCAUUGCAGGGAAGUGACGACAAAGAUUCUGUCAAGAUUCACUGGUUACAAAGAUUUUUCGACGGACGUUAUAUACGUAUCUACCCUCUGUCGUGGUACGGAGAUCAUAUUUGUAUGAGAGUUGAGUUAUACGGCUGCAUUCCAGGUAAAUCUGUUAAUUCAUUACGUUUUCAAGGAUUUGGUGCUGAUAAUGCGCAUUACUUCUAUAAUAUGAGAUUUAUAUUCUGAAGUGUGAAGCAGUUGAAGAUUCAUUAGAACUGUUUCCAACCGCCUUAAGUCCGCUUUCUCCGGAGAUGUUGCAUCUCGGGUCGAAUCGCGAACGUAUGGCAUUCUAAAUUGAUUACCUAUUUUACCCGUAACUGAAGAUUUUUCAGGUCCAGGGAGACGGUUUAGACGGACAUGGACUGAUGAAAAUUAAUUGUCACCUGAUCUUUGAUUUUUGCAGGAUUGCUGUCUGAUACAGUUCAAGCGGAUUCUUCUGCCAUAGAGAUCGUAAAUCCACUCACUUCGUGGUCAAAUUUUGGCGAUUGCAGUGUGAGUUGUGGAAAAGGAACGAAGAAAAGGGUUGUAAAAUGCCAACCCAAAGGAAACGAACGAAAUCAAAACUGUCCACCUGGAACAGAGUCUUACACGGAGAAAGUGCCAUGUACCAGACCAAGCUGCCCAGGUAAAUUCCAAUUGUGAGAAAUUUCCACAAAUAUACCCAACUCAGUAGACCAAUGUUGCUCCAACACUAUUAAAUCAUCGACUUCGUACUGAAAAGCGAAAAAAUGUACAAAAUCCUAAUCUUUUUCUAAUUUGGUGGCCAAGACACGCCUUACGAGCCACCUACGAGCCACCCUAAUUUAGGAUGUUGCUCACUAUAUUCCUACCUAUCUUAAUUCAACAGGUUUUUUUUUUCGUGGUCUAUUCAUCUUCCAGCCGCUGUCUUUAGCUUAUGAACUAUGUUACGUUUUUGCAUAUUAAACAGUGUUUCAGGAAUGUGGUCGAAAAUGCUUAUUUUUUACAAUAACCAAUGCUCUUCUGAUUUACUUGUUGUGGAAGAAUGUUUUUCACCAAUGGGAAUGUCAAAUGGUACCAUCUUGGACCACGAGAUCUCUGGUUCAUCCACAAUAGACAAGGCACACCCUGCCUUCUACGCACGCGUAAUAACUGUUCGCAACGAACGUGUGUCCACAAGAGGGAGCUGGUGCGCAAAACUGGCUGAUAAGGAGCAAUUUCUAGAGAUUGAUCUCAAAAAGCCAAGAAAAGUCACAGGUCAGUCGUGGAUGGCAACAUUCCCGAUAAUUACAAAAUUAAUUGCAACACUUGUAUACUGUUGCACUCUGUUAUCACAUAUAUUUCAGUGCACCUUUUAUCAAUCUCAUUUUUGUCGUUUCUGAUAUGAUUUGUUUCUUCCUGAGGUAGUCAAGACAAAAACAAAUGUGAGAGAUAUAGCUUUUCCUCUUUAUGUUUUUCUUGCUUGUAACGCAUCAAUUUUACUCGUUAUGUAUACUGCUUGUAAAAGUAAGUUUCUAGAAGUUUUUUAGAAUGCUGACAUGCAUACACAAACGUUAUAUACAGUCAUACCAAGGAAAUUUCUAGAACAGCUGUUAUGUUGUGUAGUUAUUAAGUAAUGCUACCAAACAGUUGUGUUCUAAGCUUCCGGAAUGUUCUCGCAUACUACUCUGUCGUGUAGAACUAGUUGUUGUUGUCGGGAGUGACCGACUGUCUGGAAAUCUAUACCGAGAGAGAGAGAGUUACUGAGGAAGGAGAUUGUGAGAUUGGAGAGAACUGUGAGAUUGUGUCAGUGACGAGCUUCGUUGUUGUCCAUAGUGGGCUUCAGUACGUUUAUUAAGGAUAAUUACUGCAUUGUCUAUAGGAGUCGCUUCUUAAUAAGAAUAUUACACGUAGUUUACUGAAGUAGUUGGAUUUGCAGGAGUAUAGUGUUCUUUCUGUCAGUUAAAGUAACACUCUUGUGUGUAAACUUCUCAUGAAUUAUCAUUUUCUCCUUUUGUUCAGGUAUUGGAACACAAGGGCAAGUUAGUGACGACCGCUGGGUGGUGAGGUAUGGAAUCACUUACAGUGCAAACGGGUUAAAGUGGACAAACUACACAGAGGGCAACAGACAAAAGGUAUCAAGUAACUGUUUCUCCUCCGCUUGUCUAUUUGUGUGUUGAAGUAAAAUAUUAUGUAAUUUCGUCGAUCGAUACAAGUGGGGUUGCUCAAGGAUAGCAUUAACUGCAACUGCGAUUUUAGGAAAUGGAAAAAUUUUGAGCAAAUUUUGUAAAACCAAAAUAUCCGCCAUCGCUUCUUUGUCCAGAAGAUGUGGAUGUAACUGAUGUAUUAAGGACAUUCGAAUUUUCUCCCUACUUCAAGUCUUUCUGUGUGCCACUGAGCUGAAAGGCUGGACUAAGCUAAGGUUAUAACCGUACUUCGAAGAACCGAUUAAAUAAGGAGUGUGGAGAGGCGAGGAAUUCCUCCCUUACCAAACUUUCAAAGAAUCGUCUUCUUAAUCAAUUUAGCGGUAAUCAAACUGUUGCGCAAGAUAUCUCGCAAAUCCUGUUCAGGGGACAGCUACGUUUAUCCGUUAAUACCGGUUAGCGCUUUAUUGCAAUGUUUGUAUGCUAUGUAAAUUGGUAUCAUACGCCUUUUAUUUCUUAUUUUUUUGUACGCUAUCGAAUAUUUCGUAGGACUAUUAUCCAACGUUCUUUUACCAAGUAAUGAUUACGAGAAAUUUCCACUCGGUAUCACUGAAUUUGUGUAGCUUGCUAAGCAAAUUUAACGUGAAUUGACCAGUUUUUUUAUGGGUAUUUGAGGUAAAACGGUUUAGAGUAAACUUUUCAAAAUUAUUUUUAACAAACAUCGGUUGGCAACCUUUCAAUUAACAACAGGAACAACAGCCAUUCUAUCAGAGGAUGAUGCAAAACGUUUUAAGUCCUUGAAAUAACGAAUUUUCUUAAUUUCGAAGAUUUUUGUCGGUAACGAUGACAGCAAAACCAUAGCAGUGCGUCACUUAAGACAUCCAAUCACAGCUCGUUACGUCAGAAUACAUCCAUUGGCUUGGUAUGGUGUACACAUCUGCAUGCGGGCGGAGCUUUAUGGCUGUGAUCACUUAGGUAGGUUUGUACUAUGUUACAUAUGGAUCUUUCUUCUUGCAAUCUUAUGACACUCAUUGAUGCCGUAAAUUUCAAACAAAAAAUGCAGUCCAGUGAUAGAGAACUAAUUUUGCGAUUGUUUUGUUUGUUAUAAGGUCAAAGCUUCAAACCAGUAGAAGUGACCGAUAACAGUGAAUCGUCCUUCAAAGUCACGGACGAAACUAGUGCCUCCAAAGCUAAUUCAAAGCUUCACUUGAAAGCGAAAGUGUCAGCCAAAGAUAAACCUGCCACCCUGAAAAUGGGAGCAGCACCAGAGGAACACGCUGGCGGGAAAGCAACAAUGUCUCCCACUUUAGUAAUAAGCAAGUCCAGAGAAAACGCAGCUCAGUUCAAUAAAUACGCUCCACGUCCUUACCAUGUUCAAGCACACAUCUCCAAUGAAGUAAAUCAAAACAGUUAUCAUCCUGUCACAGGAUUACUACCACAGCCUAACGCGCAUCCAGAGCUUCCACUUUCCUUCAGCAAUACUACUAAACAAGUAGACAUCUUGAACAAGCAACAGGCCAACGAUCUUCAAAGCAGCAAAACGAGCACCAUUCACAAUCAUGGACAGUUUGAUUGGGGUGCAUUCAGCAAAUGUAGCGUGACCUGUGGAUCAGGGGUUAGAAAACGAUACCGGAGGUGCAAUGUUGAGCAAUGCACGGCCCCGGGAUUGGAGACUCAGGUUAUCCCUUGCAUAAGUGCCACUUGUUCGGGUAUGUAUCAAUUCUCGUGGAUAAGAAUUGCCCACUUAAGAACAGUGAAUUGAAAAAAUAAUUAGGGAGUUAAAAAUUAGAGCUAGUAGAGUUAAAAAAAAAGGGGAAGAUCUACAGAAAGGAAUGGAUCAAAGGGGAAAAAGAAGGAUAGUUGAACAGCUGCCUGGCACAACGCAUAUCUUGUAAUCGUCUCAUGAAUGGCUAAAAUCUUUACUCGGCCCAGAUCGCGGUCGAUUGCUUUAGUUAGAAAAAUGUUCCAUUUUCAAUGCAUCAAAUCAAUUUUCUAAAGGUGCCCGACCUUAGGCAUAUCUUAAUUUAACAUUUCUCUGCGUAUUUACCCAGCUGACGCUUUCAGUUGGUCUCCUUACUCGGCGUGCUCUGUAACGUGUGGUGUUGGCAAAAGAACUCGGUCCCGAAUGUGUGAUGGGGUGGCCUGUCCAAGAUCAGGCCAAGAAUUUGAGACCAUCUCAUGUUUUCGACCAGGGUGUCCAGGUAAGUUCUGAUGUUCUUUUUUGUAAUUUGUUCCACGCUCGUGACAAUUAAAGCGAUUAAAGCGUGCAAUCCCGCGGAGGCAGAAUGGGCUCAUCUUGCCCUCGGGUAGCCAAUUAAUCAGAAUCACUGGCACUGGAAGCGACAUAAUCAAAAGAUUAUACUGCGGGUACGAAUGUCUCGAGGAAGUGACCUCACAAGUUGGGGUUCCAUGUAGGCUAGCUGAAAAAAAGAUUGCAACUCUAAGGUGAAAUUAUCAUUCUAAAAACAGAUGUUCAGUCCUUCUAUGUUAUCCUUUUAGUGUUACAUUUAGGGUUCGAGAAGUGGGAAAACCAAGUGGUUCUGGACGAGUCCGACAAGGGUAAUAACGCCUUCUUGGACAAGGGGGCGUUCAUUGCUCCACACAGAGGAGUUUGUGGACACUAUGCAAGCCUUGGAAAGUCAGGUAACAUACUGCUGGAAGAUAAAACCUUCAGAGGCAAACCGAGCACUGGCAUCACCGUUGCAUCUUGGGUAAACCUAGUGGGAACUUCUCUUGGAUUUCAUUCUAUCUUUAGCACAGCUCGGGUGAUGAACAUUGGGCAAAUCAUGGGUAAGACAUAUUUCGUACUUUAGAGGCUCUGAAAUUGAAGCAUAUCAUUAUAAAUAUAGCGCGGGCAAACUAUUUAAGCGACUUAACACAGGUGCCCUAAGUAAUCCCAUUGGCUCUCAAAGGCGAUGCCCAUAUAAACAAUUUAAUCUGUGAGUUCACUCCCUACGCUUGGCUUAGUCUUUCUGUUUUAAGUUCAUUCCUUCAGUUGCGCAAUGACACAUCAAGAAACAAAGCCGUCUGUUUCUUUUUCCCAGGCAAGCCUUGACUUGAUUACUCUUGCCCAAAUAAUUUCUAACGCGGACGUUACAAAGUCCCGGUGAAAAAGUGACAAUCCAUCAAAUACUUUACAAGUGAAAGCGUUAAUAACCAAUCAAAGAAGAGAAUUCUAUUUAAUAAAAAAAUAACGCUACUCUUGCCCCUGCCAUUGCAAUUAAUUGUUACAGAGGUAAUGAGGCAUACAGCAGAGGAGACGCCCGAUGUAAAGUCUGAAUACUUAAAAAGGUAUUUCUCGACUUAUUUUUCCAUUUAUUUUGGACAGGAGGAUAUCAUUUUGAAAUUGAUGACGGUAAGGUUCGCUGGUUUCAUCGAAACCGCUUUCAGAAUCCAGUGUUCAGUGUUAUCACUGAUAACAUUGUCAAGCCUGAUGUUUGGACACAUUUGAUUGGCUCCUACAACAGCACCUCUGGAGAAGCCAAGGUAUCAUUAUUUUUCAUUCAUUCAAAGUUUUCUAGCGAAAUUUUAUUACCACAAGCCUUGAUCCUUGAUCCAACGAAAGCAUGAUUUAAUAAAUAUCCGAUAUGUAUAUUUUCCACAGGUGUACGUGAACGGCGCUUUGCGUGGUUCCUCGCGAGGUUAUGGGGCUCUUGACGACUUUUGGGGUUACAAAGCAUGUCUAGGGAGCUUUGACCUUGGAGGAAGAUAUCUUCAAGGCUUUGUCGACGAUUUUUACAUAUUCAAUUAUGCAGUAGAACCUGGUCAGAUCAAAGACCUUCUGCGAAUCAAAUGCCCUGAAAGAGCAGUAAGCUGACCAAAACUUCGUUGAGUUCAUGCGGGCGAAAGAUGGUCGAGUGCAAGGCAAAUGGUGCACGAGCUAGCGAAAAAAUUCGCUCCUAAUGACAUCUUGCCACUCGAUACUAACGUUCCAAACAUUAUAAACGGCUUUCUAAGUCAUAUCCGCGAGACAAAAGAAACUAGCAAGAUUUACAAAAAUACUCCGACAGAGAUGGAUGGAAGUUCCGCGGAACACUUUUAUAAAAUAAAUCUAUAGCAAAUUUGGAAGAAUACCUCGCUAAAGUCGUGUUUUUAUUUCAUAG